AUGUCAGUUAGCAGUCUGGCAGCCUCAUCCUCCCGGUGCACUGAGCCUGCCCUACUGUCCCCUAAAGAGGGGGCCGGGGGAGGCGGGGGCCUGAUCCAGCCCCUUGUCCCCACAGGUGACCACCCAUAUGAGUGUGAGUUCUGUGGCAGCUGCUUCCGGGAUGAGAGCACGCUCAAGAGCCACAAGCGCAUCCACACGGGCGAGAAACCCUACGAGUGCAAUGGCUGCGGCAAGAAGUUCAGCCUCAAGCACCAGCUGGAGACACACUAUCGAGUGCAUACAGGUGAGAAGCCCUUUGAGUGUAAGCUGUGCCACCAGCGUUCCCGGGACUACUCGGCCAUGAUCAAGCACCUGCGAACGCACAACGGCGCCUCGCCCUACCAGUGCACCAUCUGCACGGAGUACUGCCCCAGCCUGUCCUCCAUGCAGAAGCACAUGAAGGGCCACAAGCCCGAGGAGAUCCCGCCCGACUGGAGGAUAGAGAAGACUUACCUCUACCUGUGCUACGUGUGAGGCGCCUGCGGCGGGGGCAGCGGGGGGGCAAGAGGAGCAGAGAUGGAGCGGGAUACAGUCCAGGAGGACCGUGCAAGAAAACACAACAAAAAACAAACAAGCAAAAAACAACAAAGAAAAAAGAGAGAGCGAGGGAAAAGGAAACCUGGGAGCUGUCGGGCUCUGGGUUCUUUCUGGGGCUCCAGGUGACCUGGAUGCCUGGCUGAGCCCCUCCCCUCGGGCCUCCAUCCCUCCUUUCCUGGCUGGAGCUUGGCCUGCUCUUCUUGGAUGGGGGUGGAGGGGCUUUUGUUCAGCUCGGAUGGUGGGAUGCUCUUCUCUCCCCUCCACCCAGAUCCUCCUUUUGUGUCCGGAAAUGGAGACUAGAAGGGGGGAGGGCUCCUCCAGUCAGAGCCAAACCACGUCUGCCUGCCAUGCUCUCACUGACGCCUCGGGAGGUGGGGGCUGAGGAAUGGGUGGGCUGGGGGUGCAGGAAGGGGGCCUGCAGAUGCUGGGGCUGGGCGGGCUCACUGGCUGACACAGACGACGGCAGCUCUAGCUUGCUGGGGGCAGGCUGGGCCGGGAGGGGUUCUCCUGCCCUUCCCGUCGCUCAGUUCAUCUGUUGCUUUCUUCUGCUCCGCCAUACCUGGGUGCCCCUUCAUGGUCUUCAUGAGCCUCAGGGCUCUCAGCCCCUCCCCCAGCUCCUGGCUGCCUGGCUCCCCUUGACUCCAGUCCCCCAUGGAUCCGGGUGUCUCCCUCCUCCUCCAGCUCCCUGUUGGGGAAGCUGUGUCUGACUCCAGAGCCCCUCCUUGCACUCUUAGCUUUCUGAGAACGCAGAGGAAGUAAAUGGAAUGGCCCAUCCCAGUCCAGCCCUGUCCUAAGCCAGAUUCCUGCUGAGCUGCUUUUGCUUCCAAAAUGGAAAAAAGGAAACAACUAAAUACACACUAUCCCACCCAACAAACACACACAAACACAAACCCCCUACGGCCCUCCUUCAGCCCCUAGGAGGAGGAAUCCAUCAAAGGGCUCAUUGCCCAUGGAGGGAUGUGAAUGUCCUUCUCCAGAGGUGCCCUACACCUGGAGGGGGACCCCUGCCCCGGGAGGGUGUCGGUGAGUCGUGCUGGGGACCCUUUGAACACACGAGACCCCAGACCUGGUGAGCUCCGUGGGAAAACACAGGUCCAAAGGGCGGUACAGAAUUCCUGGCUCCCAGGGCCCCCCAGUCCACGGGGAGGAGGUGGAGGAGGAGGAGUUGAGAGUGCUUUGCCUCGUGUUAUGUUUUGCUUCUUUUCUGUGUCCUCUGUUCACCUGUUAGCACAUUGUACUUGAAUUACCUCAGUUUUUUGUGACCUCAUGAGCUUUUUUGACCCCUGCCUGUAUCUCUUUUUUGGUUGGGGGUUGGAAGGAUGGGGAGAGCGUUCUUUUCUGUUUCUUGUGUAAGUUAAUGGCGAGUUUAAUAGGCUUCAGCUGGCCAAGGCCAUCCCCGUGUCCCCUAGCAGUGAGCCUCCCAGCUGGAGGGAGCUGUGCGGAAGGAGCUGAGUACUCAGGAUCUGGAUGGGAGGCCGGGGCGGAAGGUGGGUGCCUGCUGGGGACGGGGACGGACGGGGUGCUGGGGGCACAGCAGAAUCACAGCCGGCUCGGCCCAGGCGUGAUGUCAUCCUGCCUAAAACACUCUGCAGAGAAUCCCACCUUUCUUAACAGUUUGCUGGGUCAUCCGGGUCCGGGGCCCUGUGUUCUUCAGAUCCCUGCAAAGGCGUGACCCCACCUCUGUGUGCAUUAUCAUUGCCCAAACUGGUCUCUUUUCAGGGCUGGCUGGGGACAAGCCGGCCUGUGUGUUGUUGCGAUGGGGCGGGGGUGUUGUUUUUCUAAAAGCUACCUCUUAUGUUUGUCCAGUUCUUUUGUUCCCUUCAUGCCUCCCAUCAUGCUGCUCUGCUUCCCCCCACUUCUCCCAGCCUCCCCUCCCUGAAUUUUUGGAAAGCACAUUUGCAAUAUUUGUGUUCGCUUUGGGACGGGUCUUCCCGUUUCAUCUCAUGCUUUAUUUGUAAGAGUUGUGGGUUGUUGUUUUUUUUUUUUUUCUCUUUCCUUUCUCUCUCUGAGAAAGUUGUGGCUGCGUUUUUAUCUUAGGUUUUAAAAAGUGGUUUAGGGAAGCGGUUUUGGGGAGAAGCGUUGUGAGGCAUACAGGGAAGUCGGAGGGAUGGGUGCUGCUGUGACCACCCCCCCCGUCCCUCGGCCCCAUCCCUCCUGCCCUCCCCUGUAAUCUCGCCCACCAAAUCUGAAGGCCUUAAAAGUUGUGUGUUGGGGGGAUUUGGACUGGGGGGACUGGGUCACUAGACUGUUGAUUGGGGAUGAUAAUGUAUGGAGGAUGCUAUUUUGCAACUAUAAUAAUGACUUAGUGCUUUGGAAAGGAAAAAAAAAAAGUUAAACUUGAAAUGUGUAACUAGAGCAGUUGUCAUGUUUAUAAUGUGAAAAGAGUGGAAUCAUUGGGGGAGGGGCAGUCUGUAAGAAAUCUGUGUGCACUAUUGCUGCCUCCCCCAAUCUGGGAAGAAGAGGGGACAGGCUGGCCCUCAGGGGAUCUGUAAAUCCCAGAAAACAGUAUUUGAACAGCAAGAUGUCAUUCAAUUUUGGUGGGGAAGGAAAAAAAGAAAAAUCAAACUAUUCCAUAGACCUAGCUGACCCCUCUCCGUCUCCCCUACCCUUCCCACAGAGCCGGGUCUCCUCCGCUGUUCGUAAAAGCUGAGAGGGUUGAGCUAAUAUUUACAAAUUGUAAUAUUUUUGUAAUAUUUGUUAGUUCCUUCAUCAGUUCUACCGGACCUUGCCCUUUCCUUUCGUAAUGUGAAUAGGAAAAAAAAACAAAAAACAAAAAAAAAAAUUCACCACCACCACCAACAAAAUAUCCCUUUGUACGUGCGUGUGUGUGCGUGUGCUUGUUGUGUGCGGUUGUGUGUUAAAUCAUGCAGUAUUGUUGUAAUCUGGUGUUGCGGCGUUGGAUGGUACCUAAUCAGCCCCUGCCUGCCCCCACCAUCCCGGAGGGAGGGAUCCUGGUCGAGAGGUAGGGAGAGAGGGUCGGGGCAUGGGGUCUCUGAAGGAUGCUGAGUCGGGAGACCUCUGUACCAGACUCUCCCCUCCUCUCCCAUGAAGCCCCGGACACCCUGAAGAGACUCCAACGUGUCUCUUUCCCAACUUCCUGCUCACAAAGACAAAAGAAUUCUGACCUUGCCAAGGUGGCCAGGCCUAAUGGCCAAGGUGAGGGUCAGAAAUUACCUGGAGGCUUUAGAUGUGUCUGCACAAAGAGGGCUAAGGAGACGAGGAGGGUGGAGACUGCUCUCUCCCCAGGUGAGAUCCCUCUUCUUUGCCAUCUGGCCCCUUGGUCACCCUGCUGCCUUUGGCUGUGGUACUGCUGACAACCCUACUUGCUACUGCCUUAUCCAGCACAGUGAGCUUUCUCCAGCCUGGAAAGUCCAAGUGGAUUAAUAGUUCCUUUCCUACGUUCAGCUCCUAUAAGCGUGUCCCUUAAUGCUUUUGGUGACAUUUCCCCCUCACUCAUGUGCUCUUCCCCUAUUCACUCCUUCACUCAUUCAAAGCAUUAAAAUCCUAUGUGUAUAUAGGAUAGACAAAUAUAUAUAGAGAGAUAUAUAUAGCAAGAGAGAGUUAUAAAAUAGUACAUAUCAUUGCUGCUUUGGGCUGCUUUGGAGGAGGCCACGAAUACGGCGAAGGGAGAUCUGGGGUAUAGGGGUGGGAAGGGAGGCUGGGGGACCCAGUGAUUCCGUACAAUCCAGGGAUGCAACGCGGGCUUGUUUAAUCUUUGUGCCUGAACAGUUUUUCCAUGUUUAGAAAAGAAAAAAAGGAAAAAAAAGAAAACCUGCUGCAAUUUUUCACAAGUGUCUGGUACCCUUCCAGAUGCUAUUGGUACAACUGGCUGCUGGGGUGUUGAGGCCUUGGAGGGACGGGGCCCUUUGGCUCAUCUCCUUACAGGGGAGUGACCAGUGGCAGGGGCAGCCUUCUGACUCUGGGGGGACUGGGGGAGAUUUGUGGCCAAUUCCCUGCAAGCCCAACGAGGGUGAAAGCUGGGGGCACGGGACAUAGGACAGAAAAGGGGGGAAAGAUCGGACUGUGUUCGUUCUUCCUAGGGCUGUGUUAAAUCCUUUUUCCCCUCCCAUCUUGUUUCCUCCUUCCUGGAGCUUCAUGGCGGCACUUACCUGGAUAUUUCAGUAGGAGGGAAGCAGGCCAGACUAUCCCUACGCAGUGAGACUGAUGGGUGGAGGAGAAAGGCACAGCUGACCAGGAGGAGUGCAAGACAGACCAGGGGAGUUGGGUCAGGGGAAAAGGACUGGGGAGAGGGUGUUCAGGCCCCACAGGCCUGUUAUCCUGAAGCCCCGCCUCCCUGAGUCCUUGGCAUCCCAGUUUGCAGACAGGGUACCAGCCUCCUGGUGUGUGUCAUAGGAGUUGUUCACAUAGUGUUAUGCAUGAUCUUUGUAAGGUUAAGAGGCCGUGGUGGUGCACCAUGACAUCCGACCCAUAUAUAUAAAGAUAAAUAUAUAUAUAUAUGUAUGUAAAUUAUAGCACUGAGGGCUCUGCUGCCCUGCUGGACCAAGCAAAACUAAGCCUUUUGGUUUGGGUAUUAUGUUUUGUUUUGUUAUCUGUUUGUUUUCAUGGCUUGUCUUCUGUCGUGACAGCACAAGUGCCAGUCCGAUUGCUCUGUAUUACAGAAUAGUGUUUUUAAUUAAUUGAUGUUCUAGUUCAUGUCUACCUCAGCACCUCCUCUUAGCCUAAUUUUAGGAGGUUGCCCAAUUUUGUUUCUUCAAUUUUACUGGUUACUUUUUGUACAAAUCUCUCUCUCUCUCUCUCUCUCUCUCUUCUCUUUCUCUCUCCCUCCCUCCAUCCUUCCUCCCUUCCCUCCCCUCUCACUUCUGUUUGUUUCAUUCUCUCUUUCACUCUCCCCUUCUUCUUGCCCCCUCUGGCCCCAGCCCACCCCUGCGACCCCGCAUCGUGCUUGCCACAGCCCUAUCUGUCCUAGCCCCGAAGCAGUUCACCCGAACUUGUGCGGUCCUGGUUGCAGCUUUCCGCAUCUGCCUUCGUUUCGUGUAGAUUAAUGCGUUUCUUUGUAAUUUCAGUGUUUCUGACAAGGUUUAAAAAGAAAAAGAAAAAAAAAAGAAAAUAUGAAUUUACUGCUGCAGGUUUUUUUCUCUCUCCAUGUGUCACUAAGUGAAGUUUGUGCCUUCUAUAGCAAAGAGAAUAUUUUUUACAUCCUACUAACAGUAGAUUUUUUUGUAGUGAACAUUUUUUGUAUUUUUAUUUAUAAGUCUCAUAAGAAAAAUAGCAAUGUUCAGUUGUAUACCUUGAAUCUGCAGUUAGAAGAGAAUAAAGUUAAUUCAGUUGUCUCUGGCUUGAAGUGUCCCCCCUUUUUAAAAAGUGCUUUGCCCCUUCUGCCUUUUCUUGGGUGGGGAGGAUCUGAGAUUUCUGUCUGGGGAUGGGAAAGAGAAUACAUUACACCCCAGCCUCACUUAUGUGGCACUCUUAUGCCACAUUUGUGAGGUGCAUACCCACCUUCAUGACAUAUUUAUCGAAUAAAUUUUAGUUUAAAAAAUAGCAUUAAAUACACAGCAUUUAAUCCUUGGUACAAUGAAUGUAUGAAGCAGGCACUUGUCCAUUUAUCCCUUCAACAUGGGCGUUCAUCCAUUAACUUGCACAGUUACCGUCUGUAAGCCAUGGGAAUAUGGCAGGAAUAGAGCAGACAACCCCCUGCCCUCAGGAGCUGACAUUCUAAGCCACUGGGUUGGAAUGUUUGCUUAGGUGUUAACGCAUUCCGAUCACACAGCUGGUGAGUGUCAGAGUCAGAACCUGCAUCUAGAUCUCUUGAUUCCAAAUCAGGUUCAUUCUUUCCUGACUCCAGAGGCAGGGGGCUCCUGUCUGGUCUUUAUUAUACAGAUAUUUUCUUCUCCUUCCUCUCAGCCAAGUGAGUUUCAUCAAUUUCUCAACAAGAAGCUGCCACCCAGUUAAAGGUCCCUGGGUCUGGCAGCUGGGCCAAGUGAAGAAAGGAGAUUGAGCUGGGGAUGCAAGCCCAGCGUCACCACUCGCAGAAUAAAACAUUUGCACAAAAUGUGAUGGGCUCGACUCCUCCCGCCCCCGCCGUCUCAGGGCCCAGACUGCUUCUCUGGGUGUGUCUGCUUUCCUCUCCCUGGGGAUGGGAGCAUUGCCCUGCCGGUAAAUGUAGCCGGAAAGCCAAUUCCACCCAGUCUCAGACACGCUGGCUCAACACCUCUGCCCGAGGCCGUCUGACCUGCCCAGCGCUGACCAGAAUAAUCAAAAUAAUCCGUCUUGUCACCAGACUUAGGAACACAGCAGGGAGUGUGGUGACGGCCCCUCCAGGGUGUGAAACCAGUGCCAGGCCUCCCGGGCCAGCCUGGCCUCCAGCAUCAUCCGGGAGUCGCUGGGAACCAUCCUCCACGUGAUACCCUCCGGGCACCAGCCUGCAGGGAGGCCCAAUUCCCUGCCUAACCUGCCCGCUCUGGGAGCUGACUGGAAGAGGGGCCUUGCAGCCCUUGUGCUCUGGGAUCCUGGGCUGGGGUCUGUGUGACCCUAGGGUUGUGAGCUGCAAACCACCUGGAGCUACACUUGCCUCCCUGGCUGGAUGACAGUCCCUCUGCCGGGUGGCUGCUCGGUCCCGCUGUACUUUCUUCUCUCCUCUCCUGGUCUCUCUGCUCUGCUCUGUCAUUUUUCCUUCGCCUCAUCUCUCUCUGUUCCUCUCACCCAAUCUUGCUCCCUUCUCUCCACUCCUCUCCCCUUCUCUCUCUCUGUCUCUCAUUUCUCUUGGGGUUUUCUUUUGGCCUUUGUGUCUCUCCAGUAUGCUUUUCCUCUCCCCAUAUUUCUCAUCUUGGAAAACAAUCCUUUGCCCAAAAUAUAUUUGGUUUGAUUUUGAGCCUCUGCCCCGCUCCUCCAAGCCAUCCCCCGAGCCCUUUCUUCUCCAGGUCCCUGCUUGUUCCCCUCGCCUCUUCCCAGUCCCCUACAUCCCCUCCUCCCCCUCAGGCCUCAGCUUUCUCUUGACAGAUGGGAGGGCAGUGAGCACUCCCUCUUUAAAACAACAUUUAAUCGCCGUUUUCUGUUCUUGGACAUCAAAGCUGGGGCUUAGGCGCUGCGCUGGGGUCGCAGUGCGCGGUCUCCGAGGGAGAGGAGGUGAGUGAAUAGGGGCCGGGCUGAAUGGGCUUUGUGUGGCCGCUGGGGUCCGCCUGCUUUACAUGCUCUUUGACCCAGAUAUGAUCUCAUGGAGAGAAAGGGGCCCCGGCCAGGCCAGCCUGAGAACGCUCCCUGGCCUGCCUCAAUCCCCCACCCCGCCCCCUGCCCAGCCCCCGCCAGCCCAGGCGCAGCUGCCCUCUGCCCCAGUCCUCCGAGAUGGGCAGCCUCCUCCAGGACCGGACUGGCCAAGAGGGCGCUCUGCUGGGGUCAGAGGAGGGGCCAGGCCACCGAGGGAGGGGCUGCAUCCCUCUUGGAUGCGUUUCCAGGGACUUAGGUGGGACCCCGCCCAGGCCCACACAGAGGCGCAACGUCCCUUCCUGGCCGAGGCUCCUGGGGUUCUGGCGGGCACUGGGGCCACACGUGUCAGCCUUAACAGCUCCCCUUCCAGCCGCUCUGAGGGGCCCCCCCUCCCACCAGAGGGGGGAGAGCCGAGGGGCGGAGCCGGCAGAGACUUGCUAAAGACUCCAGCAAGUUGCGGCAGGUGAGCAGACAGAGAUGUCCAGCUGAGUCCAAGGCCACAGCCUUCUCCGUCCAGCUCAACACUGCCAGGGCUCACCACCCGGCUGCCCCAGAGCCCCUCACCCACCACCCCCACCAGGAAGGGGAGAGAACAGAAAGGGACUGACCCCAGGUGCUCUCCCUCCCUCUGUCGCCCUCUGCUUUGCGGCAGCCGGAGGGACUUCCCAGAAAUGCAAACAGCACCAUGUCACGCCUUUGAUUAAAGCCCCCCAUUACUCUUCAGAUGGAAUUCAGACUCCUGAACAAGGCUUACAAGACCCUCCGCGAUAAAAACCCCUGCUCACCAUCCCAGCCUCAUCUCAGGAUCACCCCCCCUGCAAGUGUCCUCAGCCACCCCCCACCUUGUGCGCCUGCCCGCAGAUGGUUACCGGAAGACGCUGAGCUCGUCCCCUGUGGGCCUUUGCGUGUGCUGUUUCCUCUUCUAGGAACUGCAUCACCGCCACACGCUCACCUCCCUUUGGUCUCAGCUUCUCAUUAUUCAGGUCUCAGCGCAAACCCUAGUCUCUCGGGAAAGCUUCCCCUGGUCGCCCUGAGGCUGAACUCGGUGCCCCUCUGGCCCCAUUGUCCUAGUGCACUGUGAUCACCCACUUUCUUAACUGUCACCAUGAACCCAACAUUAAGUUCCCUGAGAGCAGGAAUUGUGUGCUGUGUACCCUCAUAUUCCCAGAGCCUAGCGCUGUCUGGCACACAGCACCCAAUAAAUCUUUGUUGAAUAAACAGAUGCGAGAAAGAUGGGGAGAAGGAGGGAAGGAGAGGCAUUUAGCAUCAGGGGUUGAGGUCAGAGUUGCCGGGGACGGUGGAACUGGGUAAGGAGGUACACAUCACCCACCUGCCCCCCAGGCGCCUCCACGCGUGCAUGUCACUGGCUGCGUACAGACCUCAGCAGAGGUGGCCCUGCUUCCCCUCACACGUGCCCAUGUCAGUUCAUAGAGACGCCUGAACUGUGAUUGUCAUGUGCCAAGGGAGGAACAGCCAGCCCAGGAUAGUGGCGCAUCUCAGGCAGGGAGCUGCCUGGGCAUCGCUCUGUGUGUAUGGGGGUGUGUGUGUGCGCACGUGUGCACGCGUGUGUAGACACCUGGUCCCUGGCCAUGAUGGGGGCCCAUCCCACAGCUCUCUCUGUGGCUCUGGACCCCGCCAUCCCCACCCCCGGCCCUUGCCCCUCGUGGGCUGACAGGAGGGUGGGCUCCUCUCUGGGCUAUGUUUUCUGCUCUCCCCGGGGGCGUCUCAGUGAAAGUGAACUCGCUCAUUUAAACCUGACUCCGCAGCCCUGCAGCCUCCUGCAGCGCUAAUUACCCUGUAGUUCUCAACUGAUUGCUGUACACUAAGCUUAAGCCCUCCUUUACUUACUGGCCGACUACAUUAACAGCAAAGCUGCUGCUCUCUGCCGCUCACGACUGUACCGGCUGGCUGCACACGACGUUCUUCUGCCUCUCCCCAGGGGGCGGGUGCAGAGAUGCAGCCUGGCACCCAGCCCCCAAGUCUGUCCCCUCAUGGAGCCCCCGGGGCUGGACAGCAAUGAGAAAGUCAUGGCCUUCGCCCUACAUACUCCCUGACCCAAGGGAGAGGCUCCUUCUUUGGUUCUGAUUCUUCAAUAGGGCAGGAGCUCUCGACACCCGCCCCCCACUCACCCCCAGAGGGAUCUUCUAUUUGGGGGACUCUUGGAAGCCUCCCUUCGGUCUUCACAGCUGCUGGGAGGUGCUGAGCACUGGCCACAUUUUACAGACGGGUAAACUGAGACUGUGACUCUAAGCAGUCGGUGGUGAAGGUGGGGCUUGAAGCCAAGACUUCUCAUUCCAUCAGCUCUGUUCUUUCCUCUCCACCAGGCCGCCUGUCCAGGAGAUAUCCUCCCUUGGGUGUCCCAACCCAUCCAGGUUUGACAAUUUCCGUUCAGCUGUAUGUUCUCACAGCUUCCACUCCUUGUAAUGAGGCGGGAAGUCCUGUGUUGAAUCCAAGCCUCUAUCUUCCGGCUUUUUCUGCCUCCUUCACAUUCCUGCCCAGAAUUGGCUGGAAACUUGGGCACGAGAGCCUUUCCUUCACUCUCAGUAGCCUUUCCCAGGGCAGACCUAAGUCCAACCUCGGCCACAGGCCCACCCCCUCCACCACUCACACCUGGGCAGGUCUGGAGAGCGGGGCCAGCUGCAGGCUUCUGCAGGGUAGUGUCACCAUGCUGCCUGGCACUGUCUGCUUCUCUGAGUGCCCUCAAGUCCCAUGAGGCAGAGCUGGGCCCUGGCCUUGGGGUCUGGCAGCAUUUUGAAGCCCAGAUGGGCCCCAUCAGGGUGCAGCAUACGGACCCGUGGAAUCAAGGAUCCAGCUCUGCUCUGAUUGAGAGCGUGAUGGCUGCUGUGCUGGGCACCCCCUAAGGAACAGGGGCAGCUGAGUUCUGGCCGAAAGAACCUGAUGUCGAGAGUCAAGAGAACCUGAGUCUGAGGCCAGUCUGCCAUUCACUGUGUGACCUUGACAGUAACUCAAAACUGCUCUGAGGUCCUUUUUCCUCAACUGUAAAACGGGGUACAGUAAUGCCUGCCCUGUCUACCUUCAGGACAUUGUCAGCUGAAGCAGGCGCGUGAAUCAGCUUUCUAAACGCCACGGGGCUAUAAGAAUGAAAGUAAUAAAUUGGCGGGGUAGGCGGACAGGCUCAGGGCUGGCCUGAAAUGGGGGGCCGGUGGCCUAGACGUUCAUUUCCAGGGCUGGAGGGAGCCCUCAGAACCAGGACCCAGGAGCCUCUGCUGCCAUCACUGGGACUCUGUCACCACCUAGUGGACACUAGCUGCAGGUGCCUCUACUGCUCUGGCAGGUCUGGAAAGGCGCUGGGAAAGCGCAUCCCCUUGUAAGGGACUUUGGUUCCUUUGGGGUCCCUGCUAUACCAGGUCGGGCUGCGUAAGGGGAAAAUGUGGUCCAGACUUAUGCCAGAAAAGAACCACCUUAAACUGCUUGGGAGAAAGUUCACUUGCACUUUCCAGAAGUUCUUCUGAGUCGAUGUUUCUAUCCUGACCCUUUUUCUCCCAGCUGUGCCCGUACUGACCAACUCGCCUUGUCAAAUCCUGCUCCUCCCAUCCCAAAAGGCUGGAUGGGAAGAUGCCGUCGGCCAGCCCAAACCCCAGGGAUCCACGGGGCCUCGUCUUACACUGAGGGAAGAUCAGCCUCCGGGAAAUCCAGCUCCUCAAAAGCUUUGCUACUGGGAGAGAGGCAGGCAGGCCAAGGGAGGGGUGCACAGGAGCUCAGGCGGCCCCAGCUCCAUCGCUGAGGGCCUGAGAGGUGACAGCAGGAGGCGGGGGCAAUGGGGCCAACUCUUACUUCCUGAGAACCUUCAGAGAGCCUAGGAAAGCCAUAAUGGAAGGCUGCUAAAGUCAGCUCCUGUCUCUCACUAGAACUUCCCUUUUAAUACAGCAGGUGAGCCCAUGCCUGCCCCCAAACCCACCACAGAAUUCUCCAGGAGGCAGUGGACUCUCCCAUGCCUUGGACAUUUGGGUCUACAAAUGAUUUGAUUGGAAGUGAUCUUAGGCUGGGUCAUUUUGUUUCUCUCCAUGCCUCUUGGCACCUCUGGCCAUCUCAAAUGGAUUCAACUGAAUGGUUUGGAAGACCCUUCCCAACACUAAACUUCUAAGAUUCUAUGACUCUUGCCAACUGGAAAGAUCAUCAGAGCAAAGUAUACCUCUGGCUCCACAUCACCUGUUAGCACUUGUUUAAGAAACAGCAUUUCACUUGAGUUUCUCCCUCCACCGGGAUCAGUGUGUGGGCCAGCUUAGCGUGAGAUUCUAGUGACACCAGGUGGUGAGAAGGGGGAAAUGCAUGCAUGAUGGUUGGUCUGAUGGGCAGAGAAAGGAAAAGGCUUUUCCUAAUAAAUCCCCAUCUGGGAAGGGAGGAAGCCACAAAGCGGUGGGAGUAGGGGUAGGGGUGGGGAUUGGACCAUGCAAGUUUAAUUUGAUUGAUAUCCACCUUAUUCUCAGAAAUCUCUUGCCAUUUAGCCUUCUUCCUUAACACUGGUUAUUCCAAGCCCUGGCACUUGACCUUUCCCUUAAUUCCCCGGAGCACAGCUGAGACCAGCCUGGAACAUUUAAAUUAGAUUUCUCUGAAGUCUCAAGGACAACGAAAGAAAAUAAGCCCCAAGAACAACACAACAUUAGCCCAGAUCUCUGCCUGCCUGCCUGCCUUCAUGAGACCAGGCCAUCUUUAAUCCCUACGACCAAGAAGCCCAAUAAAAUGAGACCCAGAGUGAGGCAUCUAAUGGAUUCUCUGUCCAUCCUCCUAUCGAAGGUCAACUGCUCCUCCUGGCCUCUGGGUCUCAUCCUCCCUAUCUUUCCAAACUCUUUCCUUCCAUACUUUUCUCUCUUCGGCGUCCAUUUCUCCCUUUCAACCAAAUUAUUCCCAUCAGCUUUACAAAUAUCUGCCAUUUUAACAAACUUUCCCUGACCCAACGUCCCUCUUUAGUUAACACCCAAAUCCUCCUUCUUUGAACAGCAAAAUUCUAGAGAGAGCUGUCUAUACACAUUGUCUUCUUUCAUUUUUCUUACAACCUUUUCUGAUCUGGGUUUUACUCCAUUGAAAUUGUCCUAUCGAGGUCAUCAGUGGCUCCAUCUUCCAAAAUAUUGAUACCAUGGCUACUUUGCUGUCUUCACUUUGCUUGAUCUCUCAGCAGCUUUCUAGAUCCCUGGCUCCUUUUGGAAACGCUUACUCUCCUGGUUUUACCCCCUACCCUAAGGGCUGCUACUUCUCAGUCUCAUUGGCUGGCUCCUUCAUCUUCCUCUACUGAACUUUGGAUAUUAUAUUAGACUAUCUCUGAAUGCUUCCCUGAUCCUCUGACCUUAACUAUAUACUUCUCCCUGUGGUGUCUACUUCUGUCACUUUUAUACGUGCUAAUGACUCCUGAAUUUUUCUCUCUCGUCUUGAGUAUUCCACUGAGUUCCAGACUCAGCUGCUUAGCUGACACAUACAUUUUAAUGUCGAGCAGGCGUCUCAAACGUACCAUGCCUUUUUCAGAAGCCCUGUCCACACAUAUCCAUGCCUGUCUCUCCCACUGGGUAUGUAGGAUAAUGCUAGCUGCUAUAACAAACAGAUCCAAAGUACACAAUGCCUCAAAUAUAAGAGAAGUUUAUUUCUCACUCCUUCAGCUAUCCAAGGUAGAUGUUUUUGGUUGACAGGUGGCUCUUCUCUACAUCCUGUGGUUCUGCCAUCCCUGGAGGCCCUGUCAUCAUCUUCAUCUUCCAGAAGAAGGGGAGACAGAGUUUGAAGGGGACGUGCCUGCUUUUUAAAAACCUUGGCCCAGUAAUGAUAUGUAUCUUUGCUGCUUUCGUUCCCUUGGAUUGUACUCCAUUGCAUGGCCACAUCUAAGUGCAAGGGGGACAGGAAAAUGUCUUCCAGCUACGUUCAGAGGAAGGAGAGGUUGAGUGUUGGUGAAGAACUAGCGAUUUCUGCCACAGUCUGUCCUUCUGGUCACCAAAUAUCUGUUUACACUCUUCUUCCCACACUUGGAACAUACUCACUCCCAAAGAGAAAUAAGCCCAAAUUCCAUCCUGUCAUUGUAUCUGUUUCAAAAUUUGUGACCCUCUGGGUGAUGCGCAGUCCUCACCAUCAGCUCUUUGGACGAAAAGCAAGUUGCCUGUAUCCCACCCGCAUCCACGGUAUACAGCUAAAAUAAAUGACAGCAGUCCAUGCUGGGCGGUGUGGAAACAUUUAGUAAAACCACUUUCUGCAGUAAUCAGUUUUCUGCCCUUUCUUGGUAUAAAUUAAGGUUAUAUUUCUCUUGCAGUUAGGUGUGGCCAGGUGACUCAUUUCCAACAUCAUGUGAGCAGGGGUCAUUUGUAUUAUUGUUGGGAAGAGGUUUGUAAAAGGCGGUAUCCCCUGCGUCACUUUCCUAAGGCUAUCAUGACAAGUUGCCACAACUUGAGGGCUUCAACCAACAGGAACUUGUUUUCUCACAGGCGUAGAAGCCAGAAAUCCAAAACCAAAGGGUCAGUAGGGCCACAUUCCCUCUGAAGACUCUAGGGGAGGAUUUUUUUCUUGUCUCUUUUAGCUCCUGGGGCCCCUGGCAUUCCCUGGCUUGUGGCAGCGUCCCUGCCUCUGCGUUUACCUGGCCUUCUUCCCUGUGUGUCUCUGUGUGUUGUUUCUGUCUCUUUUAAGGACAUUCUCAUUGGAUUUCGGGUCCUCCCUAAUCCACUAUGAGCUCAUCUCAAUCCUUACCUUAACCACAUCUGCAAAGACCCCAUUUCCAAGUAAGGUCAUAUGCUGAGGUUACGGUGGACAUGAAUUGGGGGAAGACGCCAUCCAAUCCACUACAGUCUCCUUUACAAUAAAAAUCGCCUUUUGCCAUGGGAAGAACGGGACACAUCCAAGUCCGUAGUCCACAGGGAUGGUGGAGCCCUUGUACACAGAUGCUCAUGAAGACCCCCUGCCCUGGCAAUGGGGAAAGUUCUGAAUCUCCGGUCUGGGAGGAACCCCUUGUCCAUUGUUCUCUGAAACCCCUGGAUCCAGCCUCUUGGAAAUCAUUUCUUGACUAUUAUGUGUCCUGGCCCAUCUGAAGUGCGUUCUGGGAGGUGGGCCUCCCUCAGGACAGCACAGCCUGAUGCUUACUUGUACAAGUUCAGGGGCUGAGUGUGAUUUUAAGCUCCAACCUUCCAAGGCCUUUACUGGAACAGGUUCAUGGGUUUUUUUGGCAAUUCAAUUUCUUAAAAAACAACCUUUAGAUCUAUUUGCUUCCAAUCCAUUCCUCAUGCUGGUAACCACACCCAAAAUUCUUUCCUACACAUAGUUGUCCAAACUGCUUUUAUCAUUGGUAUUAUUAUUAGUAAUUUUUCUUCUUCCUCAAAUCCAAGCCUCCUUGUCAACUUCCUAGUGGCUACCUUGGGGCCAUCUGAAAGAGCUGGCUUGGGUGGAAUCAUAACACUCUUAAUUUGAUGUUUGCCACGGAAAUGAAUCCCUUUGUAAGAGAAUUUUUAAUAAUGAGCCUUUAUUUCUUGAAGUCUUUUCCAGUCUUAUUUCCUGUAAUUAUCCAAUACAUAGGGCAUAGAAACAGUCAACUUACCUACAUCCAAAAAAAACAAAAACAAAAACACACAAAUGUCUGGAUACACCCUAUUUUCUUUUAUUUCCUCAUGGAAACUUGUCAUUUUUUUCCUGAACUCAUCUCAAUAAUAUCUUGCUACAAAUGCUGGAGUUUAACCAACAUACACUACCAUUCUGGUCCUUUCCCCAAAGUUUCUCUUAGAGCUGUAGGCUCAGUAUAUAUUUGGUCUGUCUUUCAAGUUAUCACAAGCAAGACUUUUCCUAAUUGUAUUAUUCCUGCCUACCAUGGGACUACGUCUUUCUAGCCAGCCAUACCUCUCUCCUUGCUGGCCACUCUCUACUUCCCUGACCCAUCUUCUCCCACUUUCCUUUACCAGUGUAUCCAGACUCACUGCCUUCUAUCUCUUCCCAGACAGAACAUGUUUUUGCAUAUGCUGUUUCCUCUGCCUAAAUCUUGGCCUGGCUGCCUCCUUCACCUAUAAUUCAGGUCUUGGCUCAAAUAGUGCCCUCUCAGACUGUCCCAUUUAAGUUUGUUUCUUCAUAGCAUUUACCACCGUCUGAUAUUAUCUUCUUUACUUGUUUACUUAUCAUGGUCCAGACCCCACUCCCCUUGCACGUGGGCUAUGUGAGGACCAGGAUCCUGUUGGCCGUGUUUGCCACUGCAUCGUUAGUGUUAAGAACUAUGCCUGCCACUCAACUGUUAUGACAACAAAUGCCAAUAUUAAUAUACUACUCUGUGCCAGACACUGUUUUAGCUCUUUAUUGAAAACUUUUUAAUGAAAAAUUUCAAAGAUACACAAAACUGGAUUAAUAAGAUGAACCUCAUAAAGCCCAUCACCCAGAUUCAACAUUAUCAAGAUUUGGCCACACUCGCUUCUUCUUUCUUUCCUUCUUUCUCCUUCUUUCACUUCUCUUUCCUUUUCUUUGUUUCUGUUGAAGUAUUCCACAGAAAAUCUCAGGCAUCGUGUCAUUUCCCUUCUCUGCCCCACUACAUCCUUCAGUGCAUACUUUUUUAAAAAAUGAAUUUUCUUGAUAAACAACAAGGUCCUACUCUAUGGCACAGAGAACGAUAUUCAAUAUCCUGUAAUAAACCAUAAUGGAAGACAAUAUGAAAAAGAAUAUGUAUAUAUAUGUAUGACUGAAUCACUUUGCUGUAUGCCAGACAGCAAACAUUGUGAAUCAACUAUGCUUCAGUUUUUAAAAGAAGAAUUUUUCUUAUGUAACUUCAAUGCCUUAAAAAAUUAGAAAUGAUUUCUUGGUAUCAUCACUCAGUCCAUAUUCAUAUUUCCCUGAUUGCCUCAAAAAUAACUUUUAAAUGUUGAUCUGUUUGAAUUAAGAGCCAAACUAGGUCCAAACAUUGCAUCAGUUUGUUAUUUCUCUUAGAUCUCCUUCCCACCUGCCCUGCUGCUGACCUGUUGAAGAAAGGGGUGAUUAUUAUUAACUUUUCAGUUAUGAGAUGAUGAGGGCCCAAAAAUGGGUCUGGAUGAUAGGGAUGAAAAGGAGGAAAUGCUCUGAAGAUGCUUUGUGGAGUAGGGUCAUCUGGUCGACCCUACUUUAGGUCCAUAGAGUGGUGAUACCACUGCCCGCUCGGAAGCACUCAGGAGCUAUGAGAGUAACAAUCGCCUUGCUCCUGCCUACAAGGUCCCUGGUGUGACGGCUGAAAGGAACCCUCAGAUCAGCUAAUUGUAUCUCGUGUUUUAGUCCCUUGCCCAGCCUCUCCCACCUGGACAAAACAUCUGUACAGUUCUCCCACUUCUUCACAAAAUUCCCUCUUUAUCUUGCAGCCUCUGAAGCUUGUCAGUCACUGUACUUGCUGUGGUUCCCGCACCAGCUGUGCACCAAAACUCAUGGAGUUUUUUCUGCUUAUUUAAAAAUACACUCAAAUAUGUGGUUACCUAUCCCAGACCUCCCGAAUGAGAAGCUGUAGGUGUGGUACCUGGGAAUAUGUAUUUUCAAACCACUUUCUGGAUGAUCAUGAUGCUAAUUUCCACAGCUAGAUCAUCUCAGAGUCUGUUUUCAUUGAUAGCUUUUAUUUUUAGGGGUAAUAUUUUCCUGCUUUUUGGCCUAUGUAGUGAUUUUUUUGUUGUAGGCUAGAUAUUGUGGGUGAUCUAUCUGAAGGAGUCUGGGUUAUGCUGUUUCCCUUUAAAGAGUGUUGUGUUUUGUUUUGGCGGGUAAUUAACUUAAGAGGCUCUCUUUGUGCCGUCAAGGCUUGGUUUUAGGCUUUGUUAGGGUGAGUCUAUAAAGUAGCCUUUAUUUUAGGGCAUAGUCCUUCUCCCCAAAGCAGAACUUUCUAGUGUCUCAGCUGAAUACUGAGACAGUACAUCCUGUAACAAGAAGAUCUCUCCACUCUGGCUUGAACACUGACUUGCAGCAUCAUGUGAUCUCUAAUAUUUCCAUUCUGCUCUCAACUCCAUAGCAGCCAGUUUCUUACAAAGUCUCACCCUGUGCGUGUGCAGCCUGUUUGUUGACCAAAAACUGACAGGGAACCCUUGUUAUGGGUUAAAUUGUGCUCCCCCAAAAGAUACGUUGACGUCGGAACCCCUAACACUUCAUAAUGUGACCGUUAUUUGGAAAUAGGGUCUUCAUAAAGGUAAUUAAGUUAAAAUGAGGUCAUCAGAGUGAGGUCAUCUAUCUAAUCCAAUAGAAGUGAUGUCCUUUACAAAAAAAGACAUCGAACACAGAGACAUAUGCACAAAGAGAAAGCCAUGUGAAGAUGAAGCGAGAGAUCAAGGUGAUACAUCUUCAAGCCAAUGAACGUCAAAGAUUGACAGCAAACCACCGACACCAGUGGGGAGGCAUGGAACACAUGCUCCCUCCCAGCUCUCAGAAGAAACCAACCCACUGAGACCUUGAUUUCAGACUUCCAGCCUCCAGAAUUAUGAGAGAAUAAAUUUCUGUUGUUUAAGCCACCCAGUUAGUGGUACUUUGUUAUGGCAGCCCUAGCAAAUGAAUACAUGCCCACAUAGACCUCUGGAGCCCCCUCUAUAUGACUUCCUGCUCCCUGGCAGCCAGCCCCACAAGUUCCAUCUGCUCUAAUAGCAGCUCUACACUCCGAUCUUCGCUUUCUCAGCUCAGCAGGACUGUUGGACUCUUCCUGGUUUCCAGCUUCUUGUACUCACUUUAUGUGUUUUCCUUCUCUGAGGGAUUGCAGCUGUGUACUAUCUAUUGUCCAAAGCCUUAAAACGGUUGUGUCAUUUUGCCUAGCUUUGUAGCUGUUUAUGGUAAAAGGCAACUCCAGUAUUUGUUACUGGCCAGAAGUGAAAUUUCUUUUCUUUUCUUUUAAUAUUUAUUUAUUUAUUUGGUUGCACCAGGUCUUAGUUGCGGCAGGUGGGCUCCUUAGUUGCGGUUCCAGGGCUCCUUUAGUUGCAGCUCACUGGCCCCUUAGUUGCAGCACGUGGGCUUCUUAGUUGCGGCUCGCCAGCUCCUUAGUUGCAGCACAGGGGCUCCUUAGUUGUGGCAUGAGAACUCUUUGCUGCGGCAUGCAUGUGGGAUCUAGUUCCCUGACCGGGGAUCGAACCUGGGCCCCCGUGCGUUGGGAGCAUGGAGUCUUAUCCACUGCACCACCAAGGAAGUCCCCAGAAGUGAAAUUUCUGUUCUAAGUUCUUCAAAUCAACUCAUUUAAUCUUCUCAACAACUCCAUGAGGUAAGUUACUGUCUUCAUGAGUUCCAGAUUAAAAAAACAGAGGCGAAAAAGGAAAAAAAAAGAUUAAAUAACUUGUCCAAGGAUAUAUCUUAUAAAUGGUGGAGCUAGAUUUUGAAUCUAGACGGUUUAGCUGCAGCGUCUAUGCUCUUAAACAUUAACCUAUUAUCUGACAUAAUAGGUGUUCAAUGAAUGCAUUUUCAAUAAGUGAAUAUAUGGCUGUUUCUUCUAACUUUUACCAUUUAGCCUUCUGUUCCACCUGCUUAGGAAAAUUCCAACAAUAAAUCAACCCACUAUCUUCACUUUUCCUGCACCCAGACUUUUAAGCACUCUGGAGAAAACCACCUUCUGGGAAGAAUGAACUCCUACCCAGUUAUCCAGGCCUUUGAAAAUACCUAAUAAUUCUGUAUGUCUCUAGGCUUUGCCCUCCAUUUGCUGUUGUUUCUCACCUCAAAUUUCAAAUAUCUGUACCUCCAUACUUGUUAUUUUCAGAAAGAAAAUCCAAUUUCCAGCCGUGAACUCUUAGUUUCUUGCUCAUUCCUGUCAGUCUGACUUGGAUUGGCACCCAUCCUUGCCUUUCCUCUACUGUCAAAAUAUUUAGCAUUUCUAUUUCUAUCUGAGGCUCAUCCACUUUUAGCUGCUGCCCACCAUCUUUCUUCCCUUUCACAGCCAAGCUUUUGAAGUGUUGCUUAAAUCCUGUCUGCAUUUCUUCGUCUCCCUUUCACCGAGCUCAAUCUGGCUUCUGUACUUAUUACUUCAUUCAUUUAUUGUUAGCUUU